AUGGCUAGUUCUCCGGUGCGGCGUCUGCUCGGCUGUAGGAGAAGCGCUAGGAUCCACCCGGCCGCGGCGGCUCUGAAACACGGAAGCGAGAGCUACGACGAUACGCCGUCUUUUGAGGAGUUCGGCGCAUUCGUAGAAAAGACAUCGGACAGGAAGCAGAACGAUUUCCCCCCCUGGUCCAGGUCCAAGCCCGGCGGGGGCGCUAAAGGCUUGAAAGGUCGGCUGCAGGGUUUCGGGGAGGCGUCGGCGCUGUCGUGGCGGCUGAUGUGGGCGGCGCUGUUGGGCGCGGCGGUGGCUCACGGCUGCGUCUCCCUGUUCGCUCGGUUACUAGCCGAUCGCUCGCGCGUGCCGUCGCUGGAGCUGCUGUUCGUCCGCUCGGUGCUGCAGCUUCCCGCCGUGCUGCUCGUCCUCCGCCACAGGGAGGCGCCGCUGGGGCCGCCGGGCGUCCGGCUACGUCUCUUCCUCUACGGCGUGUGUAACGUCGUCUCCAUCUCCUGCGCCUACACGUCCUUCGCUAUCGUUCCCCCCGCUAACGGCGCCGUGGUGUGGCGAGCUAGCGGGACGGCGUUCAGCGCGGUGCUAGCGUUUUUACUGGUGGACGAGCGGCUCAGCCUGACCGACGGCGUCUCGGCGUCCUGCGGCAUGCUAGGUCUCGGCCUGGUUCUGAUCCCCAGCGUAGCGGGCGAGGCGCGGACGCUCGGGUUCUGGAAGGAAGCGUUCGGCUACGUCCUGAUGGUUCUGGCGGGAGUGACGAUGGCGCUCUCCAUGAUCCUGUACAGGUGUGUGAAGGAGCAGGUUAGCGUGUGGGCGGCGCUCUUUACGUUCGGGUGGGUGGGGACGCUCUGGUCCUGCUGCUCCAUGUUCCUCCUGCAGAAACCCGUCGUUCCUCUGGAUGGAGAAACCUGGAGCCUCCUGAUCUCCAUCUGCUUCUGCUCCACCAGCGCCUUCAUCGGGGUUUACUACGGCCUGAGACGCCUCCACCCUGCGCUAGUCAGCAUGGUGCAGCACUUGGAGCUGGUGGUGGCGAUGCUGCUGCAGCUGCUGGUUCUCCACCUGCUUCCCUCCACCUACGACCUGAUCGGCGCCGCCGUCAUCGUGGUCAGCGUCCUGGCGCUCGGCCUGGUCAAACUCUGCCACCGCAGUAAGAGCGUCGGGGGCGAGUACGACGAAAUCCUGGACUCACCCCCAAAAUAA